AUGGAUGAUAAUUUUGAACACCUUAUUAAUGCACUUUCAAUCAUACCUUUAUCAAUUGAUACACUACAAAAAAUCACAUUUUUAAUCAAACAACAAACUUCAGAAACAAUUACAUUAUUUAUCACUGAAUCAUUUCAAUCGUUGCUUACGUUAAAACAAUGGAUAUGGCAACGAUUUAGUCAUGAUUGCAGUAAAUGGAUUAAACAAUCAGAUUAUAUAACUUUAUUCAAUACACUUGCAUUGUUUAAUAAAAAUUUAAUUUUUAAUUAUGAAAAUAUUGAAAGUGAUGUUAAAGCAUUAUUACUUAUUCCAAAUACUAUUGAUGAAAUUAAUAUUAUAUUUCAACAAAUAAAUCAAAGCAAAAAUGAUAAUGAUUUAUUUAUUAUUAUGGUUAGUUCUUGGUUUGAUAAUCUUUCAUCUUUUCUUCGUGAAUAUCCUGACUAUGGUACAUCACCAAUACUUUGCCAUAUUAAUGAAUAUAUUGCACGUAAUUAUAUUAUGACUGAUCAAUUUAAAUUCUAUAUAAAACAACUUCAACAAUCAAACUUAUUACCAUCAAUAUUCACAGCUAAACAAUUGUUUUAUAUAAGCACAUGUUCAUAUUCUGUAUAUUCAUAUCUGUCUGCAUAUACUCAUGAUUUUAUAUUUACUCCUGAAGAGUUUUUAUCUCACUUUGGUAAUGAAUAUUUACAAAUCAUCCUUAUGCAUAUUCAAACAAUUGAAAAAUGGAAUAAUAAAUUUCUUAAUUGCAUCUCACAUCUGACUGGUUUUAUCUUGUCAUGUUAUUGGUGGCGAGGGGAUAAAUCAACACGAGUAAAAAUAUUAUUUCCUACUGAACAGACAAUGUAUGAUUUUAUACAAUCAUUGAUACGAAUAAUUAGUUAUGAACCAUUUCAUGAAAAACUUAAAACCGAACAAUUAAAUGAUGAAACAAUUUUCCUUACUACUGGUUUAAAAUUUUUAUUAACUUUAUUACAAUCACAAAAUGUAACUGAAUUCGUUCGCACAGAUCUUACCUUACCUAAUACAUUAUUCAAAUUAGCAGAAUUAUCGACAUAUCAUGUUAUUUCUUUAAAUGUUUAUGCAAUAUUAGGUGAAAUUCUAAGUGAUGAAAAAUUAAAAGAGUUAACAGUGGUUGAUCAGGUUGACAAUUUUUUCUACAGUAUACUUGAACAAGCUUGGCAUCAUCCAUUAAAAAAAUACAAGCAAUUACCGAUUGUUCUUUUAUUACGAAGUUUUGUGGCUUUAUCAAAGAGCGAUGCUAUUCAACAGGGUGUAGCCGAUUCAAAUAGGCUAGGUGGUUUCAUUGAAAUGUCUGAUCAAUAUCCAGUUGUAUUUGAUAUUAUAUGGGCACUUUCAUUCAACCAUGAUAUUCAACAACAACUCCGUUCUAAUCCAUCAUUUAUUCAAAAACUAUCUCAACUGGCUAAAGAAUCUGAUGAUGAACAAGUGCGUAAAACAACGCAAGGUAUUCUUUGGAAUCUUGAAAUCAAUCAUCAAGAUAGAUCAAUAGUACGAAAUACUGACCAGAAUACUUUUGAUAUUAUGAUUAGUUAUUCACAUAAAGAAAAAGUUCUUUGUAAACAACUCUAUGAUGAACUAACUAAAA